UACUUUGUUACAUAUAUACCCUGCAGUUAUUUUCAUCUUUCAUGAUACUUUGUGUACCGUAGAUGAUGUUUUUUUAAUACAGUUAUUGAAAUUAUGUUUAAUACUUUCAUUCGAAGUUGCAUUCUGACAACGUAGCAGCCGGCAUUAUAUUUAUUAUAUAUAUUUUCGGUGCUAGAAAAUAUAUCUAGAAAAAAAAUAAAAAAAGUGUUGACUAACGUUCAUAGUAGUGACUGGGCUGGCUGCCAAUAAAGUGUGCAAUUACAAUUAAACAAAAAAAAAUACAAUAUAAUAUUGUAAAAAAUUAAAAAAUAUAUACAAUAAUUAAUUAUUUAUUAAAGUAAAGAAAUACAUAAAUAUUUUUAACAAGCAAUAAUAAAUUCUAAUAAAAAAAAAAUUAAAUGUCAAAAGUUUCCAUGUCGAACUUCUAGAAACUACAGUGCCAGUUCAACUUUCAAUACGUCAUUGUAGACUGUUGUAGACAAUUCGAUAAGUACUCAUCAUUUAGUGAGCUAUCAUUAAAUCCUUCUGGAUUGAGACAAAGAAAAUUACAAAAACAAAAUGGUGUCGACUCGACAAACUAGUAAUAUAGGCAGUGGGAGCAGCUCGGGAAGAACAGGUGAAUCUGUUGAGACUGGAUUAAGUCGAAAAAAUCAAACUAAUCAUGGAAAUACUUCACAAUUAUCAUUGGAAUCAAUACCAGUUCAACGAUGCACUCUUCUUGAUUUACCACUUGAGCUGCUUGAAAAAAUAACAACUCAUCUGGACUUCAAUACUGUUGCCAACUUACGCCUGGUAUGUCAUCAGAUAAACACAGUAUGUGCCUCUCGAUUGAGUUCCACUUUUCAACGUUUGCAAUCACAAAUGUUGAGUCGUUUUCAAUCAAUUAAAUCUCAAAUGCCAAGAAGAGAAUCAGCAAGACGUAAUCAUCCUUUAGCAUGUGAAUGUGAUAUCAUUGAAACACUUCAUAUGCGUUUAACACUUUUGCAAAUGAGCUUUGGAAAACAUAUUGAACGAAAACAUUGUUGCUUUUUUCCUGGAGAAAUUUUGGAUGAAGUGUACCGUAUAUUGCACUACAUAAAAGUUACACCCAAGUUAAUAAAACCAUACAAAGUAACAGAUGAGCUAUUUGAUUUGACAACAAUGGCAAUGGAAUAUUUUAAAGAAAGAAUUGAACCAACUUUACCAGAAAUUUCAUACUUUGGACCAGAUUUUUUGGAUCUUGCUGGAACAUUUUCAUCUUCGAAUAAUUCAAACAAACCAUUUACAUCACUUGACUCAGCACCAAUGACGAGUGACAAUAACAAAGCCAGUGGUAGUAGAAGAGAAUGUACUCCAAGAAAUUUAGUUGAUGAUUCUUGUCUUAUGGAUUCUCAUGUAUUAUCAUCAUCGCAAUCAAAUAUAAUUUUACGUAAACGUAUACGUAAAAUAAAACAAGGAAUGAAAAGAUAUAAUUGUCAACUUUUACUUGUACGUCGUGAUCUUAGAAGUUGUAAGACUAAAAUUGCUGAACAACAAAAACAAAUUGUCGAAUAUGUUAAUCGUUUAGAUGACAAUGUUAAAAAAAAUGAAGAAACAUCACGUAAAUUCAGCACGUUACUACAGGUAUUUACCAAGGAAUUAAACAAGUGUAAAACAGAACUCCAAUAUUGGCGAUCAAAAUCACCUGCAAUAUCAAUGUGUAAUGGUUGUGGUCAAGCUGUUCCACUGCCAGCUGAUGAUCUGACAGCUUUUACAAAUCAAGCAACUUCAUCAGACGCAUUUGAGCCAAUAAAUUUCAUACCAAUUGGAGAAAAUGAUACUUCAAUUGAUUGUCCAACUGAAUCAACGUCAACUUCAACUUCAACUUUGUCUCUGCCAAUACAAAAUGCUCCAUCACAAUCAUCAUCAUCCUCAUCCUCAUCAUCAUCGUCAUCGUCAUCUUCAUCAUCAUCAUCAUCACAACAAUCAGAUAUUGUACUGCCCAAAACUUCCUGUCUCAAUUCCGCAUCUAAACGAAAACUUUCCGAAAAUUUACUUAGUAAUAAUUCUACUAAAAAAUUGAGACGUAAUCCAAAAUCUCGUCAUGUCAAGUGUGUAAAAAAUUAAAAUAUAAUAAUACAAAAAUGGAAUAACAAACGUAAAAAACAAAAUAUGUUUAAAUUUUACGUUUUGCCAAGUUUUUGAAAUUCAUUAUUGCAUUAUUAUUAUUAUUUUUUAUUAUUAGUAAAUAUAAAAAUUAAAACAUCAACAAAUGGCACAUUCUAAAUAAAUUAAGUCUAAAAUGACAAAAAUCAAUAAGAGAUAAGUACAAAUACCUUUCAAAAUUAUAUCUUUAAACAUUCAAAAUGCAUAAUAAAACGCACUAUAAUGUUAAAACAGUCCUAUCGAUAUAUUUUCGAUAUCACAAUUUAAAUUUUUUAUAGAAACUCAUAAAGAAAAAUAUUUAAAUAAGUUAUUAUAUAAUUCAAAUUAAAAAACAAUUUAAAACCGGCUAAAAUGUACAACAUGCUUUGAACAACUUACCAAAGAUGUUCCAUGAAAAACUUAAUUUUUUUACAAAUAUAAUUUUUGUAAAUUAAAAUGUAAAGAUAAAAGCUUUUUCUUUGAAUAUUAUUCGUUUGUUGUAUCUAAAAAUCAUUUGAUGACUUAUUUUUAUUUUACUAAUAAAAUUAAGUCUAAAAAUAAUUUGUCAAUUUUUAAUCCGACCAAAGGUUUUGUUUAAAUUAAAUGAUUGAAAAUUUAUCUAAUUUCAAAAUUUUCAAUCAAGAAAACAUUUCUGAUUGGGUGCUUGUUAAAUAUCAUAAACAUUUGAACAUUGUUGGCCGAUUA